AUGCAGGCCAAGUUCCUUACCCUCGCUGCCAUCGUCGCCGCCGCGACCCACGUUGCCGUCGCCGCGCCUCUUCGCCCCUUCGAGCUCGCACCGGUUCACCCUACGCGCGCGAUUGGCAGGGUCCUCGCGCCAAUCGUGGGUGAGGUCUUGCACAACGGCGUCAACGGCGUCAGCGGCAUCAACAAGCGCGACCUCGACGAGCGCUCGCUCACCGCCAUCGAGAACUUCUUCGGAGGCCUCUUCAACAAGCGCGACGAGCCCCUCGACGCCCGCUCGUUGACCGCCAUCGGAAACUUCUUCAGCAACCUCUUCGGCCGCGACUUGUACGUCGACACGGAAACAGGCGUCAUCUACAACCAGUCGGAGAAGCGUGACGUCACCGAGGCGCGCUCGUUGACCGCCAUCGAGAACUUCAUCGGCGGUCUCUUCAACAAGCGCGAUGAGCUCGACGCGCGCUCGCUCACUGCCAUCGGCAACUUCUUCUCUAACUUGUUCGGCAAGCGCGAUCUCGACGCCCGCUCGCUGACGGCUAUUGGGAACUUCUUCAGCGGCAUCUUUGGCCGUCGCGGCCUUUACGUUGACACCGAGACUGGCAUCAUCUACAAUGAGUCGGAGAAGCGCGACCUGAACGAGGCUCGUUCCCUGACGGCCAUCGAGAACUUCCUCGGAGGUCUCUUCAACAAGCGUGAUGAGCCUUUGGACGCUCGCUCGUUGACGGCUAUCGGGAACUUCUUCAGCAACCUCUUCAACCGCCGCGCCCUGCUUGUUGACACCGAAACUGGCAUCAUCUACAAUGAGUCGGAGAAGCGCGACCUGAACGAGGCCCGCUCCUUGACCGCCAUUGAGAACUUCCUAGGAGGUCUUUUCAACAAGCGCGACGAGCCUUUGGACGCUCGCUCCUUCGAUGCGAUCAACAACUUCAUCGGCAACGUCGCGGAGGAUAUCUUGGGUGAUCACACCGCUAAGCGCGCCGUCGACGAGCGCUCGCUCACUGCCAUCGAGAACUUUCUUGGAGGUCUCUUCAACAAGCGUGAUGAGUCUCUGGACGCUCGCUCGCUGACCGCUAUCGGAAACUUCUUCAGCAGCAUCUUCGGCCGCCGCGGCCUCUACGUCGACACCGAGACGGGCAUCAUCUACAACGAGUCGGAGAAGCGCGACCUGAACGAAGCGCGCUCGUUGACGGCCAUCGAGAACUUCAUCGGCGGUCUGUUCAACAAGCGUGAUGAGCUCGACGCGCGUUCGCUCACUGCCAUCGGCAACUUCUUCUCCAACUUGUUCGGCAAGCGCGACGAGCUCGACGAGCGGUCUCUCACGGCUAUCGAGAACUUCUUCGGUGGUCUCUUCAACAAGCGCGAUGAACUCGACGCGCGCUCGCUCACCGCUAUUGAGAACUUCUUCGGAGGCCUCUUCAACAAGCGUGACGAGCCUCUUGACGCGCGCUCGUUGACCGCUAUCGGAAACUUCUUCAGCAACCUCUUUGGCCGUGACCUCUACGUCGACACGGAGACUGGCGUCAUUUACAACCAGUCGGAGAAGCGCGACUUGAGCGAGGCCCGCUCUUUGACCGCCAUCGAGAAUUUCAUCGGUGGUCUCUUCAACAAGCGGGAUGAGCCUCUCGACGCGCGCUCGUUCACCGCCAUCGGGAACUUCUUCAGCAACCUCUUUGGCCGUGACCUGUACGUCGACACGGAGACGGGUGUCAUUUACAACGAGUCGGAGAAGCGUGACCUGAACGAGGCCCGCUCCCUGACCGCGAUUGGCAACUUCUUUAGCUCGCUCUUCAACAAGCGCGACGAGCUUGACGCACGCUCCCUCACCGCCAUCGGCAACUUCUUCUCCAACCUGUUCAACAAGCGCGACGAGCUCAACGAGCGCUCCUUCUCUGCGAUCGGCGAUGCCGUCACGAACUUCCUGGACGAUAACUUCCACAUUGCCCGUCGCGGCGAGAUGUACGUCGAUACCGAGACGGGCAUCAUCUACGCCAACACGGAGAAGCGCGACGUCGACGCCCGCUCGUUCACCGCGAUCGGCUCGUUCUUCUCCAACUUGUUUGGCCGCGACGAAUUGGUCUCUGAUAUGUCUGCGCGUUCGAUCGACGACCUUGAGUAG